AGCAGGUGUGAAUUGAAAACUAAUUCAGUAUUAUUAUUUUUAUCGUAUAAAAUAUUGAUUACCAAAAUGUCUCAUUUGACUGUGAUAUUUUUAGCUGCUCUGCUGUGUUGUACAUAUGCUCGACCACAGACAUCAUCGUCUACGAGCCCUACAUUCCCCUCUUCAGAAAUAAUAACAGUGUUGGAUACUCCUGACACAAAAGCACCAUCAUUUGAGAGUGAUAACACUAAAUCUGUCGAUGUAACUGACGAUGUAACUGGCGAUGUACCUGACGAUGUAACUGACGAUGCAACUGACGAUGCAAAUGACGAUGCAAAUGACGAUGCAAAUGACGAUGUAACUGACGAUGCAAAUGACGAUGUAACUGACGAUGCAAAUGACGAUGUAACUGACGAUAAAAAUGACGAUGUAAAUGACGAUGCAAAUGACGAUGUAACUGGUGAUGCAAAUGACGAUGUAAUUGACGAUGCAAGUGACGAUGUAUCUGGGGAUACCCCACCUAACUACUCAUACGGAGAUGAAAUAGAAUCUAUUGUCAAUGAUAUGGCUGCAUGUAUGGAGGAAAAAAUGGCACCGAUCUUUGACCAAAUAGAGGAUACUGAGGAAGCUGUUCUGAAGGAAAUCGGUCUAGCAGGUCUAUACGAGUAUAUUGAGUAUUUGUUUAACUUCAAAGAAGAAAGCGAAGAUGGUGAUGUCGAACCACUGUAAUAACUCAAAACAUCGGAAACAUAAUCAAUACCUACUUAAGAAAACACUGAAUUCUUGUGACCCAGAUAAGGCGAUUUCAACAAACUCCGACAUAUUUUAACAGAAGAUAAUGAAGAGGUCAAAACUUAAAAAAAAAAUAGUGUGUAUUAAAUACUCCAAAAAAAUAUACUAGAAUUACUUGACACCUUUUGCUUCUAGCCAAUGAGGUGCCGUUUAUAACAGUUUCAAUUUAGGAUUAAAGUAGGUACCCAAAUAUUGACCAGAUCCAUUCAUUUAGCUAAAACUUUUUUAUACACACGAUAUACUGUCGAUUUUAGAUACUGCCGGUAGAUAAUAAUUUCGUUAGAUACUUUUUCUACAGAUUGUAUAUAACUAUUAAAUCUUGUAUUCACAAAUAAAUGAAUUAUAAAUAGUCUAUUUAAUUUAAUGGAAAAUAAACAAUAAUUUUGAUUCUAUAGUCUAGUCGUGUACUAUGUAUUUUUGAUGAUGUGUUUUUUAUAUUAUUGUUCCGGCUAAAGUAGCAAUAAGUUUCGCUUUGCUUAAAUAGUAAAACGCAGUAAAUAUAGACUUUGUUGUUUGACUUUAUUACCUGUGAAGUGUAUAAUAGAUGUCCUACAAACAGACAUGGUUGGUACAUAAGAGUUAACUCAUGACAAUUGCUCACAGUUUGCGAUCUUCCCAUGUAAUUCUGAACACGAACACGACAGAAUGAAGUGCAAAAUUGUUACAUUGUUGUUCGUUUUUUUGAUUAUCCAC